GAUGGAGGGGACCAAAAAGGUGGCUGUUAUCGGAGCUGGGACUAGUGGUUUGAUGGCUAUAAAAAAUUUAAAGGAAGAAAACUUUGAGCCGGUUUGCUUCGAAAAAACUUCAAGGGUUGGAGGUCUGUGGCACUACCACGAAGAUGACAUCGAUGGAAUACCUUCGUGCAUGUGGUGCACUUCUUUGAAUAACAGCAAAGAACUUGGAGCCAUCAGUGACUUUCCUCCGAAAUCAGAUUAUCCCAACUACAUGAGACACUUCAAAGUUCUUGAGAUGUUCAUGGACUAUGCUAAAACGUUCGAUCUGCUACAUCACAUAAGGUAUAAUAAAGAAGUCAUACACAUUAUGAAAACGCAAGAUUAUAAUGAAAUAGGCGAAUGGAAAGUAGUGGUGAAGGAUAAUAUAACCGGACACCACAGCGAAGAUGUUUAUAGUGGUGUCUUAGUUUGCACAGGCCACUUAUCAAUACCGAAUGUUCCCCAUUUCCCAGGAAUGAAAUCAUUUAAAAGAAAAAUAAUACAUAGUCAUAGCAUAAAGAAAUUUUUGGAGUUCAACGACAAAACUGUCUGUGUUAUUGGCACCGGCAGUUCCGCUCUCGAUUCUGCUGUUGAAAUUAGUCACGUUGCUAAACAAGUUUAUAUGAGUGUUCGAACGCCUACUUGGAUUAUGACACGUCACGGUCCUUAUGGCUAUCCUUUGGACUGGUCUAUACUGAAAUGGAGUUUCGCUAUACUUCAGAAUUAUUUUCCUCGAAGCAUCUGCAAUAAAGUUAUUCAGGAAGUUUUCAUUGAUCCUAGGUUUUCGCAUGAUUUGUACAACAUUCUUCCUAAGCAUGGUCCACUGGAUAGAGAUUUCGCGCUGAGCGAUGCUUUACCUAGUAGGCUAAUGAGUGGUGCCAUCCUUCUGAAGAAAGCUAUUAAUUAUUUUACAGAAGAUGGGAUUGUGUUCUGUGAGGAAGGUAAUACAGUGACAAGUGUGGAUAUAGUUGUUCUUGCAACUGGUUACCUCUGGGAGUUUCCAUUCCUGGAUUCUGAAGACUUGAUCAUACAAGACAAAAUAGUGCAUCUUUACAAAUGUGUGUAUCCACCUCAUUUAAAGCAUCCUACACUGGGAAUCAUUGGUUUCAUUGUUCCAAUGGGCCCAGGUUUUCCUUGCGUUGAGAUGCAAUGCAGAUGGUUCGCUCAUGUAAUGAGUGGUAAGAGUAAGCUGCCUUCGCAAAAAGAAAUGCUAAAUGACAUUUACAGGCAAAUACAAGGAUAACCUGAAGCGUUAUGGGAAGAAUAGUAGGGUCUCUGUCCAUAUUGAUAUUCUUCCAUACCUCGAAGACCUCGCUUCUAAAAUUGGAGCAAAACCAAAUCUAUUUAAACUGCUUUUUACAGAUCCUAAACUCUACAUGGCUUGUGUUUUUGGAGUGUUUUUGCCUUACAGAUUUCGUUUGGUUGGUCCUCACAAAUGGAAAGGUGCUCGAGAAGCUAUAUUGACUGCAGAUAAAAGAAUGAGAGCUGCUUUGCAAGGAAGAAGAGCAUUCGAUGAUAAAUACCGUACUAAUUCUUUACAAAGAAUUAUCAUUCCCUGUGUUUUAGCAGUAGCAUGGUAUAUGUGGAAAAAUAAUCUUAUUCCCUUUAAAAUUCUGGAUUUUUCAAUCCAGUUACUAGUUUCUUUUUACACAAAAGCUUUACAGUUUUCAAAAGCUGAACUCAUGAUCUUGAAGAGAUUCCUAGACAGUAAAAUAACGAAGAAUUUCCAUGCAUUAAAAGAAUAUAAUGGCUGAAAUUCAAUUGAAAAAUUUUAGAUGUAGUCUUCAAAAUAUACUUUAUUAUGAUGCUUACUUCUUGCUUAUAUAUUUUUACUUCUGUGGAAUAUAAUAUUGUCAGAUAUUUGUACUUUUACUAUUUCGUAAAUACCGUGUAAAAAAUUAUGAACAAAGUGACUGGUUUUAUUGAAAUUAAAUGUGCGUUAAAGUUCGUACAUAGGUAUUGAAAUGAUUAAAAAUUCAAGGGCCAAAUGGGGUUAGCAAUAGCACACUGAAUGUACAAAUCAAUGACUCAUGAACUCCCUUGGUGGUGAUGUAUGCUUGUAAGCAUUGAGAUUAGGAGUGGUAAAGAUUCCUGGUUUUGUUCUGCAAUACAGGCAUUCCUCUGUUGUUGCUCCAGAUCUGCGAUAUUUAUGGGUGCCCGAAUCUGGCUGCCUACCAUAUCCAAUACAUGCUCAACUGGCGAAAGGUCUCGUGACCUUGCUAGGCAAGGAUGAAUAUCAGCAGCUCGAACAGAGUUCAGAGAUAUGUGAGCCAUAUGGGGUCUAGCAUUAUUCUGUUGGAAAAUGUUUUCAGGAUGUUGUGCCAUGAAGGGUAACACAAAUGGUCGCAGGAUGUCAUCAAUAUAUCAUUGAGCUGUUAAAGUUGUAUGUAGGAUGACUAGGGCCGAUCUGCCUGUAUUAAGUGACAGCAUCCCACAUCAUCACAUCAGGGUUAAUGGCUGGGUGCCUCCAUAAAACAAAGGCUGAAUGGGACCACUGCCCUUAACACCUCCACACAUGGACGGUCAUCAGCUCCAAGAAAAGCGAAAUUCACCGCUCAACACUAAGCGAUGCUAGUCAGAUGGCAGCCAUGAAGAUCUACUACGACGUGCUCCAGAUGCCUUUGUCGAUGUUGUGGGUUAAAGGCAGACGUCUUAAAGGCCGCUAAGAGCACAACCCAUCCUCAGUUGAGUACCACAGGAUGGUGGAAUGUGCCAUGAGUGGUGAAGCUGUAACAUGUUAGAUAAUGGACAAUGAUGCCGUUCGAGUCUGAUGCACAAUCAUCUGAUCUUGCCUCACAUUUGUGCACCUUUGCCUCAAUUCCACUGACAAGUACCUAAAGCAGCAACCAUUGUUGGAAGCACCUAUGCACAGCCCUGUCUGUAUGGCGCAAGUGAGGCCUAUUGCUGAAUAUGACAUCACGCUCGAUAUGUUAUCAUGAGAUUUCUACAGCAAAAUAAAAUACUUGUACUUUUUCCAUUAAGAUAAACAAAACUUUGAAAUACACUAAUUUCCCGAAAUUCCAUUUAAAAACUGUAUGCAAACAAACGUAGUGUAGUUUCAGUUCAAGAGAAAUGUGGAAUCACUAUGACAACAUCCGAAAUAUUGAUUUAUUUUGCAAAUUUAAAUUAAAUGUUCACAAAGGGAAAAAAUCUACAAAUAAUAAAUUGAAUUUUUAAAAGUGUG